AUCUGGCAAGCACACAUCGCCUAUCCCUUCAUCUGUCAGUCAGUUUGUUUCGAAAUCGGCGUGGAGAGUAAAACCCCGAGCACACUUCCCAAAUUCCCACUGCGAAGGGGGUUUGCUCCGUCGAUGUGGAAAUGGAUGAGCAUGUGGAUGUGGAUGAGGAGGAGGAUGAGGAUGAGGAUUUUUGACAGGGCAGACGAUGUCGACGAGUGCCAUCAAUCGUUUAGACCACGACGCCGGGCGGCGGCGAUAGCGAUUGCGACAAAUCUGAUAUGAGAUUGGGAUGCGGAUGCGAAGGAGGAUGAGGAUGCGGAUUCAGAUUCAGAUUCAGAUUCAGAUGCGUCCCCGGUCGAGGAUUAUGUGCGUGUAAAGCGCACACCCACAAAAAUGCCACCCCUUCCGCCAGCCACCAGCCACCGAGUACCAAAAAGACACUUAAAACAGCCGGAAAGAGUUAACAAGUGGUUUUGAGAACAAUCAAAAAAUCGAUUAUAAUAGCCGUAACUUGAUUACUGCCACUUGAGGCCCAGUUCCAAUCAACCAUUGGCACCAUCUCAGCCAGCAGGAAAAUCCAUUUUCCAGUGCACCUUGACGGAUGUGAAUGGGCAAAGUUUUGGCAACACUUUGAGCCCAUUUGGGGGGCAUUCGUCAAGCUGGAUGCGAUUGUCAUUGCGGUCAGAAGAAGUUCGGGCAUUUGGGCGCCGGAAUGGAAAAGGGAUGCCAGCCAGCGGAAGCAGUUUGACCAGAGUGUCGUUGUCCGUUUGCCGGUCCUUUGUAUCAAUCAAAACAACGCGAACGGAGGCCCAGCGAAGUGAACGGCCAGCGGGACGGACAAACGGACGGACAGACGGACGGAGAGACGGACCUUAGCCAAAGAUUUGACAUGGAUCAGUAAUCUAAUGCCAGAUUACGUAUACGCAUGGCGGGACCCGCAAACUUUGGACCCUGCCAACCAGCCAUCUAACCAUCUAACCGUCCAGCCAGGCGGCCAACCUCCUUGUCGUCUGUCUGCGGCUAUGUGGCUGCGUUCCUCAGAUGCCACGCCCCCCAAUCUCCCCCUAACGCCCCCUGAGCGACAAACGCAUCCGAAACCAAGCCAAACCAAAGCAAACCAAAACCGAACUGAGCUGCGCUGAACCGAACUGAACUGAACUGAACUGAACUAUAGCGAACAGAGAGCCGGCAUGAAUGAAUGGAUGAAUGAGCUCAGCCCGGCUCAGCGCAGCUCCGAGGAAAUCCCGAGGAACUGGGAACAGGGAGCAGGGAGCUGGGAGCUGGGAUCGAAGAGCUGGGAGCCUGGGAAAGGCGCAGGCACACUGGGAGAAACUACAAUUGUCUAAAUGCCAGUUUGCAUUUACACCCACCCAACCGUCGACCAUAACCAAACGUCUCUUGAAUAGUUGCCACAUUUUCUUAGAGUGUGCCUGAGUUGCACAUUCCGCCCUGAAGAUGGCGCUGCGCCUGCGUCGCGACGUGCAGAAGGCCUCCUACUAUGUGUGGUUCCUGGGCGCCGAGGAGGCGAAGGGGCUGCGUGGCGCCCGCGUCAUCAACUCGGUCCUGCCCUAUCUGGUGGACAGGUCCCGCGGCCAGGAGCCGCUCAAGGUCACGCUCCAGGUCUCCCACAAGGGCAUCAAAAUCGUCCAGGGGGCCUCGAAGCAUCUGAUUCCACACAGUGCCAUAACCAGCUCCGUGCAGACGGACGACAUCGUCGCCUGCGUCCUGCUGCUGUACAAUCCGGCCACCAAGUGCCCGCUCCACGUCCACGCCUACCGCUGCGACUCGGAGACGACGGCGGAGGCACUGCAUCUCCAGCUGCAGAUCCUCAUCAACCGGCCCGACAACCAGAAGCGUUUCGAGGAGCUGGAGACCAGAUUGGGCAUCCUGCCGCCGAUUCCCAUGAACGGCAGCAACGAGAAGCGCCACGAGUCGAACGGCAAGUCCUCGUCCUCCGGCGGAGCAGGAGCCGGAUCACAGCACCACCACCACCAGCUGCAGUCACAACCAUCGGGCGGAUAUCGUGAGGGUCGCCGCCACGAGACCUCCUCCCCGAAGAGAUUCAGCAGCUCGCUGGGCAGCGACACGGGCAACAGCACCCGGGAGUCGGAGUGCAGCGAGGAGCACGGCCUGGUUGCGGGUGGCUCCUCGCCCGUUUCCCGCUCGCCGCCGCACGGCAACUCCAAGUCCCAUCCGCACGCCCAUCCACAUCAUCCGUCACAUCCGCCACAUCCGCUGCAUCAUCCGCCGCUGACGCCGCAGCAGAACAGCGACCUCUUCGACUCCCUGGCCGCCGAACUGAGGGCCAAGUUGAAUGGGAACGGGCCGCCUUUGCUGCUGCCCCCCCGGGAUUACGAUACGGUGCACCGCUCCAAGGGCAACCUCACGGCCAUCGAGCUGAGGCGCUGUCGGAACGCUCUGAUUGUGGGCGGAUCGCCGAAGGGUCAGGUACCGGGCGUGGCCAAUGUGGCGGGCGGGGCGGCGACCACCGCCAAUGGCAAGCAGGUUUCCUCGCGCGGAUCCUCGGGCAUCGGUUCCGAUCUGGCACCCAGUCCCGAGCGACAGGAGCUCAACAGUUCCAGCGAUGACGAGCACUGGUCGAACGAGGCGGACAACUCGGUGAUUGCGCUGAAGCCGUCACAAAUCGCGCUGCCCCAUCACGCGCAGCUGAAGCGGAAGAGCGCCGUCCAGCCGCCGGAGGAUAGCUAUCUCCGGGAUCUGCCAGCCAAGCCGUAUCAGCCGCGUCCCAGCGAACGGGAACUGGAGCGGGAGCGGGAGCGGGAGAGGGAGCUCGAGCGGAACAGGGAGCGUGAACGGGAGCGAGAUCGCGAUCGCGAGCUUGAGAGGAAUAGGGAGCGGGAACGGGAACGGGAACGGGAGCGGGAACGGGAUCGAGAACGCGAUCGUGAGCGCACCAAGACGCCAGCUUCCAUUUCGAACAAGUCGUGGAGUCGCGAGGACGAGAUCAAGCCGAUCAUAAUGCGUCCGGCCGACUACGAUGCCAAGUUCAAUCGGGUGAUGCAGCAGGAGCAGCAGCAGUCCUCCGGCAAUCAUCAGCCGGCCAAAUUGCGGGACACGGACAAGUACAACGAGAUCAAUCGGCUGCUGAACAAGAAGUUGGCCCACGAGCCACGCGACCGGAAGGCACGCUCUCGUCUCGAGGAUAACCACGAUGACUUCGAGGACUCGGAUCCGGGCAGUGAGUCACUGCCACUGCCACUGCACCACCAGCAGCCGCAGGGGCCGCCAGGGCACCACCAUCAGCGCAAGGAGAACCUCACCGACAAGCAAAAGUUCAUGGAGUACACCAGCAAGAAGCAGCAGUUGCUCAAGAACUACGGCGUCGGCGAGGAGCAGCGCUAUCGCCAGCGCUAUGUAGAGUCCACAACGGAGCAUCUGCCCUUCGAUCAUCCCACCGGCGGAGUACCCACGUCCACGGGUGGUUCGGCCGGUCACAACAAAUACGCCGCCGUGCACAGGGGCACCGAUCUGGGUCAGAGGACCACGGAGCGCCGACAUGACAGGGAGCGGGCUGACAGGGAUCAUCCCAGGGAUCAUACCAGGGAACAUCCCAGGGACCAUGCCAGAGAUCAUCCCAGGGAUGCUGACCGUGAGCGGCGACGGGAUCAUGAACGCGAGAGGGAGCACUCCCGGGAUCGCAAUCCCUACCGGGAGGCCGAGAGCCUGCCCUACAUACAGAGCAUGGAGAAGAUGAUGAAGUCCACGGGCAUGCGCUACGGAGAAGGUGCUCCCAAGACCAGAGAGCGCGAGAGGGAGCGGGAGCGAGAGAGAGAUCGGGAUCGGGACUUCAGGGAGCCACCGGUCACGCAGGGUUCCCAGCGCGAUCGCUUCCACGAUGCCAAGGACAAGUUCCGGGCCAUGGAACAGCGUCCGGCGGUGAAUCGCUAUCCGGACGUGGAUGAGCGCGACACACCGCACCGCGAUCCGUAUCGGUCGUCAUCCCGCCGGCGUCGCGGCUCCGUCGAGCCACCCAACACCUACGAGCAGUGGAGCGAGGAGGAGGAACCGCCGGUGGUCAGCGAAAAGUCCAAUCCACGUGACCUAAACCGAUCCCGCGCCAGAUCCCGCGGCGAAUGGGAACCGGAGCCACCCAGGCACUUGGAGCGCACUGUGCGGGACAGAGAGCGCGAUAGGGAUCGCGACUACAACCGGGACCAGUCCCGGGAUCCCUACCGUCACGAGAGGGAGCGGGAGAGGGAGAGGGAAAGACCCGGAGGACGCGCGCACUCCCGGGAGUUCCUGCAGAGUGUGGAAACCAAGAAUCCGUCGACGACGGGUUCGGGUCGGGGCCACAUGGAGCGAUACCCUUCACCCGCCGCCACGCCCAGCAGAUCUGGAGAGGUAGGAGGAGGAGGUGGUGCUGGCGGCGGCGGCAGCGGAGGAGGGGGUGGUGCUUCUUCCGGUGGGAAUUCGGGCAAGCCACUGACCCAGAUGCCCAAGGGCUACAGGCACAGCUACGCAGAGCCCGUGUUCGCCAGAACCGGCGGAAGAGUUGGUCUGGCGGCAGUGAAUCCGUAUUGAGGAGGAUCGCAACUUAGCCAUUAAGUGGUUCUUGCUCUUGGAAUAGGAGCACCCCUGACCAAAAGUGAAACCGUGCAACGAAGUCCAAACUAAUCGAAGGGGGGAAAUACUUAUGAGGGUGUCGCCAGAAUCUCCAUGGAUUUUACGAAAUCUUUACAAAAUUAUGCAUAUUUUUUUAAGAAUCCCCAAUUAAUUUCCCAAAAGAACAUUUCGUUUUGAGAUCUACAAAAGUAUAUACAGAGAUAUCAGCGACACUCGAAUAACACAAAAAAAUAAAACAAAUAUCCAUGUAAACAUUUAGUCUAAGAAGAAAGAACAGUGGCUACUGCUUAUGACGACUCCAAGACGAUCGAACAAGUUUUCAUUGUAAGCACUUUGCUAUAGCAAAGUUUGCCCUCUCAAUCGAGAUACACGCAGAAGAUAUAUAGAACUAUAUAUCCAUUCAUUCCUGCCCCGACAUCGAAACGCGCCUAAAAUGGGGGCCGUUGGGGAUCCGAGAGCGGAUUGAACAGCAGAAAGGCGCCAGCCCCUGUAAUUAUGUGCCUUCAGAGAGAGAAUUCGUGUUUUUAUUAUAUGCAUAAUACUGAUUUAGCCUACGAUUAUAUGUAUAUGUAUAUGUAUCUAAUGUUAUCUAAAAGCCAACGAAACAAGAAUCGCUUUGGAUUUCUUACCAUUUUUUUUUUGUUUUUUUGAUACCUUAAGUUGCGCGGUUGGUUGGUUAUUCACCUUUUUUUUGCUAUACAGUCCACAUAUGUCAUGAUAUCUGAUAUCUGUAAGCAUAUAAUAUAGAUAAAUAUAUACAACAUAAAACAUAAAGCAUAUGCAUAGCUGAUGUAUCUAUUGUUAUCAACUUGAUAUU